CCCGACUCGACUCUCCCUGGUAGGCCGUACUGGCUCAACGGCUCCUCCGAGCCCCCCCCUCGUCGCGCCCCCCUGCGCGCACGUCCGUCCUUGGUGCCUGGCGUCUCGCCCCGCGCCCCGCUGCGGCGCCGAGCUGCGCGCCAUGGAGGAGCUGCUGGACGGCGCGAAGGAGCUCUUCGGGUACAACCGGGAGAACUUCUUCUUCGACAGGGAGCAGCGCCUGAAGCGGGAGUUCCAGGAGCAGCGGAUGAGGGUGAAGCAGUUUCUGCUUUAUCGCGAGGACGUGCGCGUGCUCACAGAGCUGACGGUGAGCAAGAUGGACAGUUACUUGCUAGUCGCCCUGGUAGAACUUGGAGCUUGCCUUGUCAUGCUGUGCCAUGGGGGUAUCAACGGAGACAAGGAAUUCCCGCCUCCAACCUGGCUCCUAUGGCUUUACAUGGUCAGCUUGGCGGAGGCCUUCCUGCACCUGAUCCUGAGCGCCUGGCUCGCGAUACACGCGUCCGUGGCCGCAAACUCCUUCACCGUGCGCAUGCUGACACAGUUCGUCCGGCUGCCGCUUCCCAACAAGUUCCAGCUCGACGCCGCGAGCGCCUUUGCCACCCAGUUCGAGGAGCAGGGCCCGGGGGCAUUCUUCCGCGUGCCCGUGCUCCAGCAGCAGGCCCAGGCGCGCGCGCCGGGCCUGUUCGGCGGGCUGGGCGGCUCCGGCAGCUCGCAGGUGACGUGGCUGCGCGUGGCUGGCGCCGGGGGCGUCGGGGCACGAGGCAACGGCGUGUACAGGGCAGCGGGCGGGCAUGCGGGCAGGACCAAGUACCAGCAGGUGGACGGGGCGUGGAUCAUCUACCACACGAAGAGCGGAUGGAAGAUCAACGACGAGGACGACACCCAGGGCUGGAUCUACAAGCACGCGGACAAGAGGCGCGCGGACCCGCCGGAGGGCCCGUGGACGACCGACGGCUACACCAACGGCGACGCGGAUCCGCCGCCCUGCGUCACCCACCUGCAGGCAGCCGCGCCCGCCUCCCCCGAGCAGCCCGCAGCGCCAGCAGCUCCGGGGGCCGCGCCGGCCCCGG